AAAAUGAAGAGGAUAACCCAAGUUUCGUAGCAGAAUCGAAAAAAAAAUCCAAGUAAUCAUAUUCAGGUGGAAUUUCAAGUUGCAUGAAAAAAUAUCGAAGUUCGACUAUCAAUAUCGAAAUGAAGGUGAAAUAUCGAUCAUCAUAGCAUCAGAUUGGUGGGAGAAAAUAGGAAAAAUUUCCCUCUUUUGAAAAUGACAACACAAGUGAUGGAUCACUAGAAUAGUUUGGAGGGAAAUUGCGGGGCCAGGAGGGAAAUUUAGUAUGGUGAUGUUGGUAACGCUGUUCUUCAUACAAGGUGCUGGACUAGUGGGUUCAAUGCCCUCUAUAGGCUCACCAGAAAACAUCACAAUAAUGUUCCUAAGUCCCACUUCAGUGAAGGUGUCCUGGACCACUUCCAUUGACCUUGUGGAGAAGUAUGACGUCACCUACAAACCAACAGAUGCCAGAGUGGUGGCAGUGGUGGCUGGCAAUUCGGACUCGGUCACCCUCAGUGGUCUCCUAGCUGACACCCAGUAUCAGGUGACCGUCACGGCUGUGAGGUCGGGCAAGAAGUACAGGAGUCGACCGAUUGUGUUCAGGACUUUGGAAGCAAUAAGGCCACCAGAGGUGCUAAUAACAGGAAGCCCUCCAGGAGUGAAACCCCUGGGUAGCAGUUCAACUAGUAGAGCAAACAAUAUACCCAACAAUCCUAACAUGCCUCCCACUUAUAUACAGGUGCGAGGUAUAGAAGUGGGCAUAGUUGUCCUAGUGCUGAUGGUAUGGGUGGGCGCCAUCAUUUUAUUUUUCAACAGAUGGGGCAAAAUCCGGAUGUUGCUCCCCUAUCAGCCUGACUACAAAGACACCCAGCUUAAGGUGCCAGGCACGGGUGCUUGUAGUGCCACAGCCACAUGUCAGAACCAGGGCGCUAGUGGGUUCUGUUGUUCACAGGCACCUGAAAAUAGUAGAGGCGAUGAAUGCCACCUACACCGCUCCCAACCACACCGUGGUGAUGACUAUGACUGGCGUUCCCGCUCUGCCUAUGCCAUGAUGCCACCACGUUCCCGCAUCAACUCAGCCAUCUACAUCAGUGCACAAUACCGCAGCGAGUGUGAACCACUCUUUGGCAGCCAGGAACACAUGGGCACUUCCAACUUCCAAAUUAUCCGCAAAGCACGAUCAGCUGAUCAGCUGACUACCACAAAACAGCUGAUUGGUCACAGGGACGAGAAUGAGCUGAUUUCUUCCACAAAACAGCUGAUCAGUGAUGAUACACAAAUGGCGCCCAACAUGGGACCAAAUCAGCUGAUCAAUUCGAAGUGUUUUAGUGCAAACUGUAACAAUAGUUGUGAUUCUGAUGGUGACUUGCCAGUUAGCAAUAAUUUGGAAUUGCCAAUUUUGUCAGUGUCAGUAGCAUCUGAUCGGCCCUUUGUUGAACAAUAUUUGUGAGAAGAGGAAAACUGCUGUUAGGUUAGGAUAGGUUGAAAAUAAUUGCUAUUUGAGAAAUAUGUUACUUGUUGGGAGAAUACAGAAGGUUGUAAAAAUAAUAUUAAGGGUUGAGAGAGUUUAUAAAGUUGUUACGAUCUUCAAGGAAUCAUUAUUAUCAAAUGAUUCUUGUGAGAGAAGUUUUAGUUUUUGUUGGGCUUGGUUGAAAGUGAUGACUUUUUAAGAAAAAUUAUAGUUCUGGAAUUCUAUGAGGUUGUAAAGUGUAUGGAGUUGAUUGCUGAAAACACUAUAGAAAAACUAUAAUAGUUCUAGGUUUUUAAAAUGAAAUUUAUGUCCAAAUGUACUAUAUAUAAUGACUAUAUAUGAAAACUUGUUUUGAGAUGCAGUAAAAAUGGAUGAAAAAUGAUAGAAAAUAGAUUAUCCAUCAUUGUUGAACAUUUGUGAAAAAAAGAAUACUGUUAUUGGAUUAGAUUGAAUACUUAUUAAAUGACUCAAUAUUCAGAGAGAUUUAUUGAAGAUGUUUAUAGAAAUGUUUGAAAUUGUCAAGACAUUCAGCAUUUUCUUUAAUCAGGGAGGGUUGUGAAGAUAGUGAAACUUUUGAGUAGAAACAGGAACAUUUAAAAAGGUGUACAAGAUGAACUAAGGUGUUGAGUUUCAAAAUAUAUUGUAAAUGACCACUGCAUCUGAAAAAGGUUUAUUAAAUUCAAAGAUUAAAUUUUAAAAAUUUGAAAACUUGAUGCUGUACUAUGAAGGUCUGGUGUCUAAUUGAAGCAACACAUUGAUAUAUUAUAAAAUACAUGAAAGUUUUCGAUCAAAAGGUCACAAAAUUGAAUUUGAUGGUGAUAAAGUUUGUAAUAUCUAGAAAUAUUUGAUAAUAUGGUGCAAAUUGUAUAUUAUUAUAUGAAAUACUGAUCAAUGUUCAGUAGAAAAUAUUCUUUGAAAGCUGAAAAAUUGGUAGAAUUACAAUGUGUCAAUUCUAAUUGUUAUUGGAGAGAAGCUUAUAGUAAUAAAAGCUCAAAACAAAUAUUAUAUACUUAUAUUUGAUGUUGUGAUGUGUAAACUUAUAUUCUAAAAGGCAUAUUUUUCAUUAUGGUUAAUUGUCUACAUUUGAGAUCACAUUUUGACUCUUGAACAAAUUCUAGAAGGAAAUUCCUCCAUAAAUAGUUCUGUGAAUAAAUAAUUUGAUUUCCGAUUAUGUGUUUCAUUCAUUCCAUGAUGUGGAAUUUGAAAGGAAUCAGGAUCAUACUCAUGAAAAAUCUUUCAUCUAUUUUAGGGAUGUCAAUCCCGGUAUUUCGGGACUAUCCAAUAUCAAUCCCAGGAUCCCGGGACUGAUCCCGGGAUUGGCAAAAAUCAGUUUAAUGCAUUUUUAACCAAUUGUUCCUCCUCAAUUACAUGUUCAGUAACAGUGUGUGGAGAUGAAAAAGGGUCCAUUAAAGAGGGAGAGGCUAUUAUUAAAAUAAAAAAAUAUAGUUGGGAAUAAUAUUUAAAUUGAACAUUCUAUUUUUAUAAUUUUUUUCAAGAUUAUAGGAGUAGCUGUUUUAUUCCAUGUCCUACCUUAAAUUUGCUGUAUCCUAGAUGAUAGUGAGAACUGAGGAAAGCAAGAUAACUCAUCAGAAUCUUUUUUAUGUAGACAAAAGCAUUUCUAUCCUACAUCAGGACGGGAUAGAGCUCACACUUUAAUUAUGUCAAAUACUGUAAAGUGAAUUAAUAUCACUUGAAUUGAUAAUAUUAAUAAUAAAAUAGAAUACUUUCUGUAAGACCGUAAUGCCAUACCGACCAAACAAUGCAAAAGCUGAACCACUACACUAAUAAAUGAAAUUUCGUAGAGCAACUAUAAUAUUUACUUCAACUAUAUAUUCUACUUAUAAUAGAGAAAGAGAAGAGGAGAGGAAUAAUUAGACAGAGAGUGAAUUGUUAGUGCUUUUUUAUUUCUGAUUUCUGAAGUCUUUUCAAAGUUCGGAAUGCAUUUCAAGGAAAUGCCAUCAGCACUAUUGCAAAUAUUGCGCUGUCUAGACUGGUAAUUGUGGUGCUGUGUAAACAGAAACAAACGUAGAGGCAUAACAACCAAUCAACAACCAUUCUGCCAAUUAUGCGAACUAAUAAUGCGAAUUCUAUUAAGCCAGUUAAGAGUAGGCUACAGUAUACAAUCAUUAUUAUGUAUAUGCAACUGUAGACUGUGCCUGUAAACUAAAUUAGUUAAACACUUAGAACAAUAAAUUAGUUAUAGAAACUCAUAUUCAUCACCAUGAAUAAAUUCCAUAUUGAAUUGUUUUUGGAAAAAUAUGAUUCACAACUUCAGGUUUUUAAUCCCGAAAAUCCCGGGAUUGACGCUGAAAAAUCCCGGGAUUGUUAGGUAUUAAAAAUGGACCGGGAUCCCGGGAUUCGGGAUCCCGGGAUUGACAUCCCUAAUCUAUUCCAAUAGGACCACUUAGUAUAUCUUUAUAGUAGAAUACUUUUAUUAUUCUUGAAGAAAUUACUGGUUUUGCCUAUUAUUUGUAGAAAUUUCAAUUCAAAUCUUGCACACUUCAGAAUGGCAUGACUACUCAAAUAUUUUUUAGUCAUGGUUGGUUUUUUAAAAAAGGAAAAUAGGUUUAUAGUUAAUAUAUACUGAUAUAGUUGAUGGAAUCUAGAAAAAAUCAAUUGUAUCGUCAGCACCAAAAUUUGAUGUGAACAAACCUCUACUCUGAGCAAAAAUGUAGACAAUUAACCACACUUACUGGACAACCUUUGUAAGUAGAGAAAUCAAUCAAUCUCCAAUUACUAUAAUAUUCUAAUAUACUACUCUACUAGUUGUGAUAAAGAUGGAGCAAUAACUAUUUCUAACUAAAAUCAAAACUAAGAUGUAAUUCCAUCCAAAUAUUUUUUUCAAAAAUGAAAUAUACUUGAAAAAAUUUAGGAAAUUGAAAUUUAUUAGGAAUCUAUGAAGAGUCCAAUCUUAUCAAAAAUCACCCUAUAGUGCUCUUAUACCUACCUACUCUAGUAAUUAUUAUAAACUGUUCAUAAUUUAUACAUCAUCAAUUUCAUGAAGUCAUAAUUAAGUAAUAUAUCACUUAUCAAUUCCAAUCAUUUUCAAAUUCAAUCAAAAACAUCUAGUUGUACUGUAAUUUUUGCAAUUUUCAAACUUAUUUAUUGUCUUAUUUGCCUUUAUGGAAACCAUCCAAGUUCCAUUAAAAAUAUCACCCUGUAUUUUUAAGUUUCAAUUUUUUUAAACUUAUCUAAUAUGUUAAAAUUUAUUUUGAAUUUGUAAAUUGUUAUAUCUCUCACAUAUCACAGUAUAGCCUUAUUCAUCCAUCAAAAACAGACCAAUAAUGUUGUAUUAUACAAAAAUUAUCAAUAAUUUAUAUCACUCAUUUAAUUUUUGUAUAAAUAAUAAAUUUAGAACAUAUAAGUUUAGAUUUUUUACUUCUAUAUUAUUGUUCUGCUACUGUUAUCUUUAUUGUUGAUUAUUUGUAUAUUGUAAUUACUUGUAUAGAACUUGUUAAUUAAUUUUUCUAGUAAUAUUUUUCAAAGACUUGAGGUCAGUUGUGAGGAGCUCAAUUAAAUUUAACCACUGUUGAAUGAUGCCGGAUUCUUGUUCAUUGUUUCUUCUUCAAUUUCAUUUCAAAUCAUUUUACAGUGGUUAAAUUUGAUUUAUUUAUGUGUUGAUGACCAUUAUACUGUUCUGAGUUAUAUCAUUGAACUUUUGUUCAACUGAAUGUUAUAAAAUCACUUUUAUGCUGUUAUUUUUUUUUUGCAUAAAUGGAUGUUAUACUGUUGUCUAUUAAUUAUGAUUUAUGAAACAUAAAUGAAUGAUUUUGAUGUCUCUUUAUAUAGUUAAAUUAAAUGAUUAUGGAACAAUAUUGUAAGCCAUCCAGAAAAUCAAACUCAGGACCAAUAUUAGAAGUUGAAAAAUAUAAGAACUUAUAUCUCAUAUAUGUUUUACACACAUUCCAUGAGUUGUUAUAUUAUUGAGUUC